UGAGAAACUGCCUCCAUCUGGUAUCGCAUGGAGAGGGGUGAUUCUAGUUAGCCGCCCUCGGCAAGACAUCACGCUUGCGUUUCUUUGCUGCUGAGAUCUGCGUGGCUCAUUCCGUUUCACUGGGAAGCUAGAGAGGACGCGCGCGUUCCUCAGCGGCAGGCAGCACAGGACUGAUCGUGGAGGGGAUGCUACGAUUCCAUUCCUUAACUCUUUAUCCUUUGCUCUCGAUAGUCUACUCCUCAUAGGCGCCGACUUGCUCUGUUUUACAGUUCCUUUAACAGCUCCUUGGUAUUUCUGUCACCCAACCGUGCGGACUGGAGAGGCGUCUAGACCUGGAGUGGUAAUAAGAGAGAACUGGUCUUGUUGGAUGUUGAUAGCCUGUCGCGAAGAAGUGGCCGUUUGUCUGUCACCGCUAAUGGCACAAUCAGUGGAGCAACUGCAAUAAUCUGGUUUUGUCCGAAGGAGCUGUUUUCUUCGGAGUGGAAGGAAGAGAGAACAAGAGAAGGAGGUUGUGAUGAGUGACAACAGAAACCAAAUCAUCUGGUGGUGAGGAUUCGCUGUUCAAAAAACGGACAAGCGAGCGAAAGAACGAGCAAGCAAAGUGUUCGGUAAAGAACCCAGGAUCCUCUCCAGGGGAUUCCACUCGGAAGAGGAAGAGUGACGAGUGCCAGUUGGUCAGUCAGCAGGAUGUGGGAGGGACAGGCACUGCGGGUGUUCCUGUUGUGCCUGGGCGGGGCGCUGCUGUGCAGCUUCGCCACUGAAGCGAGCUCCGCCCCCCGGGAACGCGAGCACAGCCACAGACGGAGGCUGUCGCUCCACAGACACAGAGAGAGGGGCAAGGAGGGCCAGGUGCUUCACCGCUCCAAGAGAGGCUGGGUGUGGAACCAGUUUUUUGUCAUUGAAGAGUACACUGGACCUGACCCUGUACUCGUAGGCAGGCUCCACUCGGACGUGGACUCGGGGAAAGGCAACAUCAAAUACAUCCUCUCAGGCGAGGGAGCAGGCACCAUUUUUGUCAUCGAUGACAAGACAGGCAACAUUCACGCCACCAAGACCCUGGAUCGGGAAGAGCAAGCCCAGUACACUCUGACGGCCCAGGCUGUGGACCGCGACACCAACAAGCCCCUGGAGCCCCCCUCCGAGUUCAUCGUCAAGGUCCAGGACAUCAACGACAACCCCCCAGAGUUCCUCCACGGACCCUACUACGCCAGGGUGCCUGAGAUGUCCAACGUCGGUACGUCUGUGAUGCAGGUGACAGCCACAGACGCCGAUGACCCCACCUAUGGCAACAGUGCCAGGCUGGUGUACAGCAUCCUUCAGGGGCAGCCCUACUUCUCAGUGGAACCUCAGACCGGUAUAAUCAGAACUGCUCUGCCUAGCAUGGACCGCGAGGCACGUCAGGAGUACGAUGUGGUCAUCCAGGCCAAGGAUGGGGGUCACAUGGGGGGACUGUCAGGGACCACCGAGGUCAAGAUCACCCUGACAGACGUGAACGAUAACCCACCCAAGUUCCCCCAGAGUGUGUACACCAUGUCUGUGUCCGAGGACAAGGUCCCAGAAGAGGUGGGCCGUCUGAAAGCCAAGGACCCCGACCUGGGGGAGAACGGCCUGGUGACCUACCGCCUGGUGGAGGGCGACGGCAUGAGUGUGUUCGAUAUCUCCACUGAUUCACAGAGCCGCGAGGGAGUGAUCAAGCUGAAAAAGCCGGUGGACUUUGAAUCGAAGAGGGCAUACACACUGAGAGUGGAGGUCAACACACACCUUGACCCUCGCUUCAUAGCCUGGGGUCCCUACAAGGACAGCGCGACCGUAAAGGUUGCGGUGGAAGAUGCAGAUGAGCCUCCCGUGUCUGGCGCCAACUACAGCUUUGAGGUGGAGGAGAACGCGCCGGAAGGCAGCGUGGGCCGCGUGCACGCCAAGGACACGGAUGUAGCAAACAACCCCGUCAGAUACAUGAUUCCUCGCUACACGGAUGUGGAACAGUUCUUUAGUAUCAGUCCGGAAGACGGUAUGAUUCGGACCACCAGACCGCUGGACCGGGAAAACCAGGCCUGGCACAACAUCUCUGUCAGCGCCACAGAGAUCGGCGGACAUCACCAAGAUACCAAAGUCCGUGUCAACAUCAAAGUCAAAGACGUAAACGACAACGUCCCUGAGUUUGCCACCCAGAAUGAGGUCCUGGUGUGUGAGAACGUCACUCCGGGCAAACUGAUUGAGACAGUGAGUGCGGUGGACAAGGAUGAGAUGGCUCACAGGCAACACUUUCACUUCAGCCUUGCUCCAGAGGCUGUCAAUAACCACAACUUCUCCCUCAAAGACAACAGAGACAGCACAGCCAGCAUAUACGUGACCCGGAAGGGCUUCAGCAGGAUGACCCAGGACGUGUACUUCCUGCCUAUUGAGAUCAACGACAACGGCAUGCCCCCCUUGAGCAGCACCAACACCCUGACCAUCCGCGUGUGCAGCUGUGACAGCAAGGACACCAUCCUGUCCUGCAAUGUGGAGCCUUACAUCCUUCCUGCUGGACUCAGCACAGGAGCUCUCAUCGCCAUCCUGGCCUGUAUCGUCAUUCUACUGGCGAUCGUGGUCCUGUUUGUAGCACUGCGUCGCCAGAAGAAGGAACCUCUCAUUGUGUUUGAGGAAGAGGACAUCCGUGAGAACAUCAUCACCUACGACGACGAGGGAGGUGGCGAAGAGGACACCGAGGCCUUCGACAUCGCCACCCUCCAGAACCCUGACGGCGCCAACGGCUUCCUGCCCCGUAAGGACAUCAAGCCAGAGUUGCAGUUUCCCAUGAGGCCCGGCAGCCGUCCCAUGGCCAACAGUGUGGAUGUGGACGACUUCAUCAAGACACGCAUCGCGGAUGCCGACUGCGACCCGACCGCCCCGCCCUACGACUCUAUCCAGAUCUACGGCUAUGAGGGGCGGGGUUCCAUCGCCGGGUCGCUAAGUUCCCUGGAAACAGUGACCACGGAUUCAGACCUGGACUAUGACUACCUCCAGAGCUGGGGCCCGCGCUUCAAGAAGCUGGCCGACCUCUACGGCACCAAAGACUCUGCCGACGACAAUUCUUAACAAAAGUCCUCCUCCCCCCCCGACCCUUGUUUCCAAGCCAACUCUUUCUCUCCUCCCUCUCUUUUAAGCGCCAUCUCUCUAUUUCACUCUCCACUGACUGAUGUGUGGCGCUUUAAGUUUACUAUAAGUAUACAACAAGUUCUUCUAUUUAUAGUAAACUUUGUUGUAAGUAUGUGUGAAGUAUACUUACAGUAUACUAUAUACCUGAUUUUAGGUCUGCGAAAUGGUACUGAGAGAGAAAGUGAGAGGUAUAUAUAAAAAAAAUACAUAAAAAAAUACAAAUGGACACUUUUGUGGGAUGUACUGGUGUAAGUAUGUAUGUGUGCGUGUGUGUGUGCGUGUGUGUGUGGAGAAUUAACACAUGCAUAAUGUUUGUGGUGAUGGAUCAAAUAACACUUGGUAUUACACUUUAGUUGUCAUGUAUAGGUUACAAUAGGAUUGAUGGGGUUUGGGAAGUCCUUCACAGAGAGAUGGAAUUGUUCAUACUGUGAAUGAGCUCACUCACAAGAGGACUUGUUGGUUGCCUUAUAUGUAAAAAAAUAAAUAAUAA